AAGUUUCUCACUGCACCUCGCUACAUGCGUCAGCAAUUUACCAAUAAACUCUUCUCCAGUGAAGGUAUGGAUUCUAAUCGAAGGUCGGGAAAGCACUAGAACACUUUUCAACAGUUUGCCAAGUAUGCCAGCAAGGAAUUUACACACUUCAUCUCCGUCCCGUGACGUUGGUUUGGUUUAGGGUCAACAGUGGCCAGAAUACUGGGAACAACUCUGCUAGUCCUCUCCUAUGCUGCCCUAUUGUCGUUGGGGUCCACCUGAAGAGGGGAACGAAGCCUUCACACAACACCCCAACCGCUGACCCCUCAACCCCACGGCCAGUGUCCACCCAUCGCGGUCACGUGACCCGGCCGCCUCUCCCCGCGGCUGCGCAGUGAGGACCGGGCGCGAGGCUGCCGCGGACUUCCGCGAGAUCGGCCGGGCCCUGCCGUGACUGGCGUGGAUCUCGCGAGAGCCGCAGUGGCGAUGGCAGGUGGCCGGCUGGUCGCCGAGGGCCGUCUGAGUGCCGGUUGUUUCGCGCUCGGAGUCUCCGUGGUCCUGGUGCCGGCCCUCGUCCGCACCCAGUGCGCCUUCACCAGCGGUGCGCUGCUGGCCACCUACCUGGCUGUCAUCAACGUCCUGUUGCUGCUGCUGUACCGGGGGCUUCAUUACCAGAUUGCUGUUCGGGCCUGUUUCCUUGGUUUUGUUUGUGGUUGUGGUUUAAUACUGAGCUUUGGAGGAUCAUCAUGGCAACACUUUGGAUGGUAUUUGUGCUCUCUGAGUUUUUUCCACUAUUCAGAAUACUUUGUGACUGCAGUUAUUAAUCCCAAGUCCCUCUCUCUGGACUCUUUCUUGUUAAAUCAUAGUGCAGAAUACAAACUAGCAGCCAUGUCUUCCUGGGUGGAGUUUACCAUUGAGAAACUUCUCUUUCCAGACAUGAAGCAAGUCACGUGGCUCAGCUUCCUUGGUUUGCUGAUGGCCCUGUUUGGGGAAUCGCUACGCAAAGCAGCCAUGUUGACAGCUGGAUCAAAUUUUAAUCAUAUUGUACAAAACGAGAAGGCGGAGUCCCACAGGCUCGUCACCUCUGGAGUUUACUCUUGGUCCAGACAUCCAUCCUAUGUGGGCUGGUUUUACUGGAGCAUUGGCACUCAGGUAAUCUUGUGUAAUCCCAUCUGCAUCGUGGGAUACACAUUGGCUUCAUGGCGCUUUUUUCGCGAACGUAUUGAAGAAGAGGAGAUGACUCUGAUCCAGUUUUUUGGUGAAGACUAUGAACUGUAUAAGAAACAGAUUCCAACACGACUUCCCUUCAUCAAAGGUGCAAAAUUAGAACCAUGAAGUGAAAAGGGACAAUAAGAAAGAAACGUACAAUCAAAUGAGCUGACAGCAGGCUGCUGUUAACCCUUAGCACCUCAAUAUUUGAUUUCAAUCUUGAGAAGAGUUCCUCAGCUGUUGCUGUUGAGAAUAUCUUAGCUAGCUUCAAUCUGUUAGAGCAAGGGUGUGGUGCUGCAGAGGGCAAAUCUGUAAAGGAGCACUGCUGUGGAUAGUGGGAACUGAAAUACACAGUGCAAAUUUUAGAGGCCACUCACUCCAGCUAUUGCUUUGACAAAGCCAUUCAUUAUAGACUUUGUAUUUCAUAUAAGGACUCUUUAUGACCAAAAACAAUUCCAGGAGGGCUGCUUUAUACUAUUUUAGGGAAGAUGCAUUAUUGUAAUGUACCAACAUACUGUAUCAGGAAAGGUAAAUUACAUAAAUAUCAGUCUUACUAUAAACAUAGAUAAUCAUAGUUUGUUUUUUUAAAAAAAAGAUGGAUUUGCUUUAUUUUGUCUUGACCAGAAUCUGUUACUUUUUAUUCAGGAAGAUGCUGAAAUUAGUGAUAUUUUAUGUUGAGCUUUUAUUUAUACAAUGACGAAGGACCAGCUUUACACCUGGAUCCUGGUUAUGUAAGCAACCAGGGUGAUGGAUUGAAAGUUUUCUUUACCAACCACCCUUCAUAAAAUUGAUGUCUCAACUCAAUUCCUACCAAGCAUGGGCCUAUUUCUCAUAAUUUGCCUCUCAUUUUGGAUGAAUUGGCCACUAAAUAGGCUUUCUCACAAGAGAAUUGAGCUAGAAGUGGUCAUAUUUGAGCAAGCAUCUGAGAUUUGGAGCUGAGUCAUCGUCGGGGUGUUUUUGAGGGAGCUGUGUUGCGUGCUGUACCUGACCUAGAACCACUAAAUGGUUACUUUGAGUGCCUGAACUGAAACUGUCUCUUUUCUCAUCCUUCACCUUGAGAAAAAUAGAUAUAAAAUUGAUCACCACUUUUUUGUUACCUCUACACCAUUGAGGGAGAAUGGGAACAGUAUUACCAUAUUUAAAUAUGGGGAUAAAAACUGCAAAUGCUGGAAAUCUUAAAUAAAAACAGGUGUUUACCUAAAAUAUUAACCUAUCUCUUACACUGUGCAUGCAGACUCACUGCUUUCUAGAUUUUGUGGCAGCAUGGUCAUGUUCUUCUAUCACUUCAAUUCUAACCCCAAGUUACCAUCAGCAGAGUUGGUACAUGUCCACAAAUGCACAAAUGAGGUAAUUUGCUAUGAGCCACAUUUCCUUUUGGAGUCUAUCAUUUCAUAUCUUGUAAAUUAAAGAUAGACAUGCAUCAGAGCAUAAUCUGUGAUCUUUUGAAGUUGUCUGAUUCUGAUCUGUUUCUCUUGUCUCUUUCCUGACCCUCUUGCCCUGGACCAAAGAACAUUAGAACAGUUUCCCAUUGACGUUAGCCCAUAUCCCAAUUUAGUAUUUGUCUUGCGAAGCUUGAACCAUUAACAGCAGCUUUUGUGUGGCAUCUUUAAGUGUAGGAAAAUGUAUUUAUGCCUCACUGGUGUUAUCUAACAAAAGAAUACUAAGGCAGAUAUUUAAGAAAAUGAACAAUAUUUUAUCCAGAGUUCGGAGAAAGGGAGUAUUUCAAAUAAAUGAGCACAGAUACUGUAAACUGAAUAACCUCCAUCCUUUUAUUCUAUGAUAUUUUUAAAGAUAAGUAAAGGAAAAGUACCUCCCCAUGCUUUGUUUGGUGUAUCAGGCAGCAACCUUGUUGUUUCUUUAGCAACUUUUUUUUUUACGAGGCCAAGUUGUUAGCUCGACGCUUAACCCACCAUGGAUGGAAAGUGUGCAAGGAGCCAGCCGGAUUCAAACCCGGGACCUCUUGUUCCAAAGUCCAGGUGGAGAUACCACUUCACCACUGUCACAGGUGUGAUUUUUAAAACGAGCUAAUAAUUCUCAAGGGGGUUGGUUGUUGCGAGUGCACAAAGGUGUAAUUUAUAUGACAGCAGGGGUUCUGAACCUGGGUUCCACAGACCCAUUGUUUAAUGUUAUUGCUGCAUGGCAUAAAAAAGGUUGGGAACCCCUGUGUUAAAGAGCAAAGGCGCAACAGCCGGAAGUAUAGUGAAGGGAAUAUUUCAGUGUGUUUCUAACAGAGCUUGUACUGCUGAAAUUGUUAAUGUGCUGUUUCACGCCUACAAUAACUUGUCUCAUGGUUUGUCAUGUCAGGCAGGAGAAAAUGAAAGGUUCACUAAUGGCCUGUCCAAAUUACUGUAAGGUAACUCCAUUCUCAUUGUUCUGAUUGGAUAAUUGUGAUUUAGAAAAAUAGUGUACAUUUGUUUGAGGCCUUUAAAGAUGAAACUUUAGACAAUAUGUGUUGAAGGACAAAGUUUGUAAAUUUUCAAAAAGUGGGCUCGUUGAAAAUUUUUGCGAUGAGUGAAGUUGUGAAGGAAGGGUAUUUUAGAAAUUGCAGAUCCUGGAAACCUGAAAUAAAGGGAAAUGUUGGAAACUAUGGGUAGGCAACGUCUGCAGAAAGAGUAGACCUUUCAUCGGAAUAUAAAACAGGGAACCAUGCAGCACAGUACCUUCCACAUAGCCCUCCAGCUUACUUUCAUCAAUGUGCCCAUCUAAAGAGUCUCUUACAUGUCCCUAAUGUACUUGCCUCCAGCACAACUGGGGAAGAGAGAGAGAACAAGUUACUUUUGUGGGAUGGAAAACCCUUGUAAAACUAAUCUAAUGAGUAUUAAAAUAUAAUUGGGCUUGAAUUUGGGGGGGCGACAUUUUGGGAGCAGAUAGGUUAGAACUGUAAAAGCUGCUAAUGAUUAGCUGCUGUACACAUGAAAUUUAAUUUUUUGAUUUGGUGAAUAAAUUGGUUGCGUUGUUAUUGUUGGCCUCUAUGACCUUGGAUUGGUGUAUUGCAAUUGAGAGGGAUAGGAGUAAAGAAAUAAUUAAAGUUUCACAUUUUCUGAAAAGAAGCUUUUGCUUGUAGCAUAACAUCUAAGGGUGUUACAGCUAUAGUCCAGUAACUCCUUUGAGUGGCCUUUCACAUUUAAACUCUUGUAAUGAACACUGAUGCAUUAAUACUUUGUAGAGUAUUGCUGAUAUCUGCUUAUACUUCUAAUAUCAAUUUAAACCCCUUCAUUGAUUACAGUUGAGAAGUUGGUUGUGAGACAUACUGGAGCUUCUGAAGUGAAGAGGUGAAGAUACCUAACCCAUUGUGAUUAGCAGAGGGUUUUAGGAUGUUGACUGGACAGAUUCAAUGUAUAGUUCAUGUAUGAGAGGACAUUUUCCUUAAGGUAAUCCCAUGUGCCCACUGCCUUUGCCCUUCAAGGCAGUAGAGUUCAUGCAUUUAGGUAUUGCUGUUGUAAAAGCUUUACAGACUUACUACAUCUUGCAGAAUCCACAGGUAUUCCAAAAGGUGAAGAAGAAGAAAGAGCUAAUGAAUUGGGCAGGUAUUUUCUGAAUAUUGUGAAAUCUCUUGUAUGUUGAGAACUGCAUUCAUCUGUGCAGACAUAGAGUAUUCUAUCGCACUUCAAUCCCAUGCUUCAAAUGAUGGAAAAGCUUCAGAGCAGUAGUGGGCGAGUUGCUCACUUUUGGAUGCCCAACCUGUGCGUGUAUUUGAAAUCACUGCAAGUACUGGUUGAAAGGAGAUAACUCCAGUGGAGGUUUGCAUAAAAUAUAGACCCUAGCACAGAACAGAUGGAUUGAAUGGCUUAUCAAACUAGCUCUAUGCAAGUACUGAAGUUACAGACAAUUAUCGAUUCCACUGAUGGGACAAUGGAUGGCUGAACAGGAGGCAGAUUAGUUAGAUCACUCUGCGGCAGAUAUGCUUGCAUGAAAGGAUGGAUAAACGAGAUGGGGUCGUUAACUAUUUGUUAUGUGUUGUUAUGUUGAGAGGCAGAAAAUAAAUUUAUCUGAAUCACAAUCAGGUUUAAUAUCACCAGCAUAUAUCGUGAAUUUGUUGUAUCAAAGGGGUAAUCCAGCCUGCAGUCAUGUCCAGAGUAGGCAGACCAAUAUUAAACUUUUGAUUUAGUGUUGGCUGAAGUGCAUUGUAGGGGAAGGACUGCUGAAGGCAAUCCUUUUCACCUUUUUAUCUCCUGGAAUGACUGUGACGUAAAGAUAGAAAUAAAAAGGAAGAUUGCAAGAUGAGCUAAAUGGAAAACCACAGGAAAGAUUAGUGAACUUGAGUCAAACAAAUCAGUGCCUAGUUUUUUAAUAAUACAAUGAUCUUACUUGGUGCUUUAACAUUAUUACAGUAAGUUACAUUGAAAAAACAAUGGACUUGUUCCUCUGCUUACAUAACUGGUAAAGGCUGCAGCCCAUCAAGGUGCAAGCCUUUUGAUUUUUAGACUCGUUGUAGGUAAACUGCAAUUAGCUAUGGUAUCCAUUAGUUAAAGAAACCUUAGAUAAGAUUUGUGCACUUGAAUUUGUGUACAUACAGUAUAUACUGUGUAGAAGCUGGGGAAAGAUGGAACAGCCUGUGUUAAUCCGCACCAUUCAAAUAACUGUCUUGUGUUCAGGAUGUGGCAGAUGCUGUCACAGCAAACAUUUAUUGCCUUUGAAAGUUAUAAAUAUUCAACUGUUUUAGUUCAAAUAAUGUCAAUGAAUGAAUCAGGUGCUAAUUUAGGUUACACAGUCCUUUAUUGAGGCAGCAAGUGUCAAAAUUAUUAGCUUGCAAACAGGAGCUGGUGCCUGCAGCAUAUCCCCCAGUUUAGUGUUGACCCUUUGAUUUUUCACUUUCUUCAGCAUUAAUUCUUCAUUGAGAUACAGUACCAACACCUACAACAUCUCCCAAUUCCUCACCAAAUGAUUGUUUAUACAAACUCCUGUCAUUGCAGUAUGAUUUCAACUAUAGUGCACACUUUACCUCCAAGUCUCAUUCUACCAACACUGGUUGUGCACUUUUCAGCUAGGUAUGGACAGAAUCAGCACAGAACACAAAGUAAGCUAGAGUCAGGAUUUUCAGCAUAGAAGAUGGCCAUUCAUCCAUACAUCUAGCUUCCCUUGAGUGCAUCCAUUCAAUCAUUCCAUGUAGUAUUGCCCCGAGUGAAGAGAAUUACCCUAAGUUCUUUCUUUGAUUUAUUAGUGAUGAUCUUCUAUUUCUAGUUUUAGGAUACAAUUGAGUGUAAACAAGUUUGCCAAUUUCAUCAAGCCUCUGCACAAUUUUUAAAACCCUGUCAAUUUACACCUUCAUUUCAAGAAAAAAGUAAUCCUAGUGCUCAUUCUUCUCUGGUAUUUUUUUUUACUUGACUGGACAGUUAGGAUCAAGAUUUUUCUCUAGGCCAUGAAUUGAGCUUGUUUAUGUAAUGGCAUUAGAGUCUAGGAUGAGGGAUAUAAUCUUAAAAUCACAAUUCCAAAACUUGGGCUACCUCUCAGGCUCUAACUCUCCAGAGAAAACAACUCAGGUUUAUGCAAUCUCUUUGUAGCUCAUGCCCUCUAAUUCAGGCACCAUCCUGCCUAAAGCUCUUCUGACAAAAUACUUAUUUUUUAUGAAAAUUAAGUUAGUGGAGAUAUUUUCCGACUUCAAUAAAUUAUGUCAUGCAAAAGUUACUAUGAACAUCUUAAACAGAAAGGAAACAUGUCGAUAGCAAUAGCUUGAAUAUCUUUGUGUUUCUUUCACUUAGACUUAAGCAAGCCCAUCAUUUACAUAAUUCAUAAAAGGGCUGUUGAAAUAUUUAAGUAACACAGUCAACAUCACAAUGAUUUCAUGUGAAAAUUUUUUAGUAACAGCAAUGACUCAUUAAAUAUUGAUAACUCGCAGAUAUUUCUUUGCUUAUGAACAAGUGGAGGCAAUUUCAAAGUUUUUAACAUCUUAGAAAAAGUUCUAAAGAUAUAAAAUUAUGUUUAUGAAGCAGUUUUAUUGGUAGUAUUUAAUCAGAAGACAUCUAUUUCAACCACUGAAACGUAGCUACCAACAUGAGGUUCACACCCUAUGGUGGCUUUCAGGAAUUUAUAUGGAAUACCAUAAUUCCCAGAAGUGGAAAAACAUCCAAUGUGUAAUUUGCAUGUGAAAACUAUGGAGGCUUCUGGAAGGGAGCAGGACCGAAAUUUCAGGAAGAGGGAGAAGCGGGUGAGACAAUUUACUGAUUUGUAAACUUUUCUGUUUUAUUCAUGUAAACUUUAUCCUUAAGUCACCAAGGAGUAAUAAAAAAACUUUUCAAUUUAA